GCACUCAGCUCCUCUCUGCCUCACCACAAGGGCUUUCUGAGGGGCAGCAGGACAGUUCUCUGUAGCGUUGGCUAGAUUCACCACAGGGAGUGUGUGUAGUGUGGCAAGUCAUUUAGAGAGUGUGGAAGGUCACAGAGGAGAAAGGGUGUUAUUUGGGAUCUACUGGUUGUUGAUAUAAGCAACACCUGUCUGUGGCAUACACCUGUUCUCUAAUCAAAUGACGAUACGGCGUUUCUCCUUCACAGGGAACCGACGACUGAAUCUCUUGUCCUACAAAGGCUUCCUGCAGUUUAAUGGGAGCUGUGGAAGUCUCCGUAGCAGUGGGGGCAAAGGUCUGGCACGCUAAGGACAACUGUGGAGGAACACAACCACCGCAACCGCAGCCAUGGAUGACCUGGCCAAUGACUCUGCUGUGCGGCCGCUGCUGUCGGAGGCACGUCUCAUCUACGCCAUCACCGUGCCCCUGUCCACCGCCAUCAUCCUGGCCAACCUGGUCAUCAUCCUGGGCAUCUCCUGUAACCGUCAGCUCUACAAUACCCCAAACUACUUCUUCCUGAGCCUGCUAGUGGCUGACCUGUGUACGGGCGUGGCCCUACCGUUCAUCCCCUGGAUGGGACUCAACCGUCCGCUGAGUUUUAGCUCAUGUCUCCUGGUUCAUAUUUUUCCUAAUUUCUUGUUCCUGGCGUUCCUGUUUAACCUGGUGAUAGUUCAUUAUGAGAGAUACAUGUGCAUCGUGAGUCCGUUACAUUAUAGUAGCUUCUGGGUUCACCGCCGCUUCCCGCUGGUGCUGCUCGCCGUGUGGGCACCGCCACUGCUCUACGCCUCCCUGCCCGCCUUCGGCUGGAACAACCGGGCCGGCCCAGGGUGGAACGGCUGCUGCUCGUUAAACGACACGGGCGCGCUGGGUGCGCCGGUGAACUGUUCCACCGUGGUGGCAGCGGUAGCGGCGCCGGUCGGCUCCGAGUGCUGCUCUUACAGACGGGUCUUCCCCAACGCCUUCAUCUACCUCGAGGUGUACGGGCUGCUGGCGCCUGCCAUCCUGUCCAUCGCGGGCAUGACGGGACGUGUGCUGUGGAUCACCCGGGGCCAGAUGAAGGACAUCUGCCGGCUGCACCGCUCCGUGGCGACCAGGGGGGGCGGUCAGGCCUCGGAACGGGAGCAGCGGCUCAACCUCCGCUACACGCGGUGCGUGGCCGCCGUGUCGCUGACCUUCCUGGCCUGCUGGGUGCCCUACAUCAUCUACAUACACGUCUGCGUGGCGUUUCUGCUCAGCAAGGAGACGCGCGGGAACUCCACCACACACAUCGUGCUGUCGUGCACGGGGAUCGGGAGCAUGGCAGUGAUGCCGCUGGUCCUGGGGCUGGCCAACAGGCAGUACACGGACCCGGUGAGGAAACUCCUCCAUAAACUCAGAGACAGAUGGAGGAGGAGACAGGACUCUGAGGAUAUCUGAGUAGCCAGGACAGGACUGCUCUCACUUUGGGGAUGGACGUGUGGGAUUAUAAAUGGGGAUUAUAGCAUAUGGAUGAUGAAGCAUCCUCUGCUCCUGGAUGAGGGCAGUGGCGCCCCAAGUCUGUGGACUCUAGCUGUAAGGGAGUAGCAGAAAGACCCCAUUCGAGGUACAGGACUGGUAGGGUUGCCCCACCUAUCCCAUGUCUGUCCAUUUAUAGUCACAGCAUUGAAAGCAUGUGUGACUCUUGCCAUUGGGGCGAUUGAGCGCGUUAUGUUUAAAUCCAUCAGUAUACAUGUGUACACUACUUGGGUAGUCAUAAUAAAUUCAAAACAAUCACUGUAAAAGUCACCAAUCUUUCUAUUUUUCAAGUUGAUUGAAUCCAUUAGAGAGAAACAUAAUGUUAUGAAUUAUCAACAGAGACCUCUAUGAUGAUGAACUGGGCUCAUUUGGAUAUGAAAAGAGCAGAUGGGUCGAAUUAAGAUGGAUCUAAUUGACUACUCCAUCAAUUACUACAGCAUCUCAUCUCCUCCCCCUCUCUUUCUCUCUAUCUCCCUCUCUCUCUCUCUCCUCUCUCUCUCCUCUCUCUCUCUUUCCCAUCUCUCUCUCUCUCUCCCUCUCUCUAUUUCCCUCCCUCCCUCUACCUAUCUUUCUCUCUCUCUCACACACUUUCUCUCCCUCCAUAGUCUUUAUCUGGUGCUGGUAUGUGCUCUGAACAGGGGAGAGAGGGGUGUGCUCUGUGCUCCUCCACAGUCCAAAAUACAUCUGGAACACAGGGGAGUGAUUAGAACUCUGAGAUUCUAACAUUUAGAUCACAUUUGAAAAGAGCCAGACAGGAACUGAAGUUCUUUAGGUUACACCAUAUCUGGGAAGAUAAUCAUCUUUCCAAAAUUGAAGUGAAAACAAGAAUGGUUCUUUCAUUGUCUGCCUAUUUGUAAGUCUGUAUCAGUGUGCUAAGAAUCCUUGAUGCAAAAUCUACUGAUUUCUAAUAGCCCUCAAACAGGGUUGGUCAUAUUCACAGUUUAAUGUGCAGUUUAUAACGCUACUUUAUUGCCUACUCGGCAAUUCAAGUAUACAUUUUCUAUGUCUUUGUUGAAACUAUAACUCGUGCAUAUGGGGAAAACAAGAGAACUUUAGUGUGACUAUUCACACAAACUAUUUGACGUGUAAACAUCUUUUCAAAUAGACUAGAGCGUGAGAGAGAGUUAAGUCCGGGUAAGAGCCAGCC